CGUCACACCUGCAGCUUUCUACCUAAGUAUAGUAGUUUAAAUGAUACUCCUCCUAAAUUCAUAUCCAAGGUAACUCACUUCUACCACUACGAAACCAUGAGCGCCCAUCAAAAAUCAACAUACGCUCAAGGCCACCACCCCUGCGUAACUGCAGCUCACGCCCUCCGAUCCGCCGAAGUCGAGGGCGCCUUCGUUCUCCCCCACCUCUCUCCCAAGUCCUGCAUCCUCGACGUCGGCUGCGGCCCUGGAUCCAUAUCCGCCUCCUUCGCCAAAUACGUCCCUGAAGGAACCGUUACAGGCAUCGACCUCACGGAAGAAGUGCUCUCCCAAGCCCGCUCCUAUCUUUCCAAACUCUCCCCCACACCCCCAAAUGUCACAUUCGAACUCGGCAACAUCGUUGAUGGACUCAAGUAUCCCAGUGAUACGUUCGACGUUGUAUUUACAAGUCAAGUCCUCAUACAUAUCCCGGAGCCGGUGAAGGCGAUGAGAGAGAUGAAGAGAGUUUGUAAGCCUGGCGGGUUUAUCGCGUGCAGGGAAUCAGAUCUUCCAUUUCAUUGGCACCCGUACCUCCCGGGUCUCCAGCUCUGGGAUAAGUAUUUAUAUAAUCUGACGAUCGUUAAAACCGACCGUCAACAUCCGAUGAGCGCACCUCACGAGCUGGGGCAUCGUGCAGGAUGCUUAUUGCCGGCGUGGGCGAGGGAGGCGGGGUGUGAUCCAGAGAAGAUGGUGAAGGGAGCUGCAACGACUGUGUAUGCGACUAUGGAGGAGCGGAGGCGGUUUAGUGAGGGGUUGUCGGGGAGGAUUGAAAACGCGGGCAUGGGGGGGAAGUUUAGAGGGUUGGGGGCAAGCGAGGAGGAAGUAGGAGCUAUGGUUAGGGAUUUGAAGGCUUGGGCAGAGGAAGUAGAUGGGUGGUUUGGGAUUUUGCAGGUGCAGGUGAUUUGUUGGGUGUGAUGGGGGCCGUGGAUUAUUGUUAUUCCAUGGAUUCAGAGCAUUGCGCUUGGGGUACCGUGGAUGGAUCAGGGCACGAGGUGACCGUUAAGCUUUGUGGAGAAUGUCAUGCCAAGCCUCUUGACUCUCCAGAGUGCUUGGAACGGCGGAAACCACGGUUCAUGGCGCGCAAACUCAUCCAUCAAGUGCCACUAUGGAGUAACUUUAAGUGUUACAGAAGUUGCAGUAUUGCUAGCUGUUUCUAACCCUGAUUUUG